AUGACAGACUUCCUCUCAUAUUUCUUCUCCGACAGCAUGGCAUCUGAAGAGCAUGAGAAUAUCUUGUUUCCCCCGCCCCGGCACGCAGAUAACAGGGGGAUGCUUGAUCGUAUCCAGCAGAGUCCUCGCCCGACACCCCAUCCAACCAGGACUAAAAGAACAAAAUACAUCGGGCGGGCAUGUGCUCCGGAGAGGAUAUAUGCUCUCAUUGCCAGGACAGAGGCUCAGUUUGCGUUUAUCUGCCCAAAGGACGACGCGGAAGACCGAGACGAGAUCGGGGGAAUAAGGGUGCUUCCAAAAAGACAACGAAUCAAUGGCACUAUGGAGGACCAGAAUUACAAAACACUGAAGACUCCAAUGAGUCGGGAGCCAUCCUAUUCACCCUUAUCCGCCACGGAGUCCAGAUUUUCCCAAGCCCACAUCACUGCACCAGAUCAAGUGCCAAACCGAAUGCCAACUCAACCGGUUUCUGAGGCGACCGGGUCCGACCUCUCAUUAAGCUUGCUUGAGGAAACAGACGCCUACGAUGUUUAUGAGUCCCGACCACGAAGUAUCUCGCUUGCAUCACAUCUCGUGUCUCUCCGAGAGCUGGUAUGGUCCGCACCAUUAGACUCCAUACCAAAGAUAAGAAAAUAUUCGGCUCACAGCCGUAUUUUCGCCUUGGAACUUCCCCGCCCAGAACGCCUUACGGCUCUGUUGGAGGUCUAUUUUCGAGAUCUUGAUUCCUUUUUCCCUUUCCUGGAUCGCGAUGCCACAGAAAAUCGACUUUUGUUUGCAGUGGAAAGACUUGGGUAUUCUGAAUGCCAAAACAUCAUUGACGUGGAUUCCGAUACUCACUCAACUAUUGCCUUGCUCUGCAGCAUGGUCGCCAUUGCCGAAUGCUUCAACCCCGAGUUGACGCAAGGAGAAGAUGUGAGACCUGCCGUGGACUUGGAUAUUAUUCGAUAUCACGCGUUGAGCGCCGAGUACCUGAUGCAGUCUGAACUUCUCCAUCUAGCUGCACAAGCAAUUUCACAAGCAACUCGACUUGCUAUGCUAGUUAAGUUGAACGAUGAGGCUACAUGGAAAGGUUUGACCAAUAGGGAGCGUGAUGAUCGACGGCUUUUAUGGUGGAUCAUUUACUUCCUGGACCGAAAGAUCGCGCAGCGCGUUGGGGCUCCAUAUUUUAUUCGUGACACCGAAGUUGCCGUCUCAGAUUUUCAAAUCAUAACCACUAAAUCUAACGAAUCUCGGCUACCAUCCACCAAGAUCUCGACAUACAGGUAUAUGCAGGUGCUUAUUGACCUGGCCAAGUUGUGGACUCAAAUCUGGGAUUCCUUUUUCGCAGCUGCAGCUCCUAAACCAGUUGACUGGAAAGAUAUUGAGAUAAUGGACACUCGCAUUCGAAUUGUGCAACAAGAAUUACCUGGGCACUUGACGUGGGAGACGGAAUCGCUUGACCCUGUCUACCUGUUUCAGGGAGAAAGCGAACCACACAUACGGCGUCGCCUUUCUGUUUAUAUAGGUGCCAGCAAUCAUGAGGAACGACUAUCAACGAUUGAGUCUUUCCGAUUGUCGUACCAACUAUUGGUGCAGUUCUCCAAAAAGCUUGACACUGCAAAGAGAGCCAUGAAUGCGCUUCAUUCCGCCGUGUCUCCUUCUCAGGGGUUAGGAUUCACUCUGAAAGAUGACCACCCUAAUCCUUGUUCUGUCAUUAUUGGAGACGGGGAGCUCCUUCAGGAAUCAAAAGACAAACCGCUCGAUUUAUCCAACUCCCCGCCGGAAAAGGCAGAUGGUUCAUUCGAGCAAGGAUGUGACAUGGCUGAUGGGUUAGGAAUACCCUCUUUCUAUACGGAUGCUGUCCUAGCCGAUGGCUUCCACUUUCAGGAAACCACUCUGGGAGGCUUAGGAUUGGAUUCGGACUUCUGGUUCCAAUUUUACAACAAUUUCGGUACGAUAGAUACCGAACCGCCCCCUGAUAUCUUCUGCUAG